GACAAUUCUUAGCCAAUCCCCCAGUAUGGGUACGAGCCAUAGUGUAAGGCCAUCAUCAUCAUCAGGCGCUGCGUCAUGCAUCAAGACAGGUCGACCAGCCGGCUGACGCGAACCCCGACGGAUGCCGCGAGCCGACUCUCCUUGGACCUGACCGGCCCCGUGGACAACAAGUCGGCUCUGGCUCACGGUGUGGGUCUCUCCCCGUCCUGCCAGGACUGGAAGCAACAGAAACUGGCCAAGGCUCUCCUAAAUCUGGAGGAAGGCAGCCGCUCGCUAACCUCGUCAACGGCCAGCCCGGAGGAAGCGUCAUCGGCAACAGCGACGGCGUCAACGUUCCCAAGCGAGAGCAGUGGUGGCCGACCCAGCCGGGCUUCGUCGGCGUCCAAUCAGCUGGCCAUUCGGAUAGCGAGCAUAGUGGUCGCCCUGCUCCUCCUCUUCGUGGUGCUCGUCUACUUCAACCUGAGCGCCAUACACCGACGCUGAAAAGCUGCGGGCAUCUGCGUGGACCACGCAGCCGCGGGAACUGCAGCGACGGUGCCGGUUGCAUCGGUUUUAUAGCGCGCCAUGAUGUCCGAUUGAGACUACGCGUUUUCAGAUAGUACUGCGCCCCAUAUACUCACUCGUUCGCUUCUUCAGAAGGCGCACUAUAGGUCGAUAAUUAAUGAUACCUUUGCGCACUAGUAUUCCUUACUGCCGCACGACGCUUAUGUUGCAGUCACGGUUCGCGCUUACCAGCAGGGUUAUGCUGCGUGCGACGCCAUGAGCCGACUACUAAAUUCGGACUUUAUUCAAAUCUCAUGACAUCAAAUUUACGGUAACCGCCGAGGCAAGCAUCGGGCGGGGACCGGCAGCGUUGCUUGAGCAGCCCAA